CCACCGACCCAAAGCGCUCGUCUGGCAUCCGUGCGUGACCGGCGUUAGCAGUGCACAACGUCUUGAGCACCCGUGACGCCCCUGAAUCGCAGCACCAAAGUGCUGCCACAGGCUGCAGAGCCAACCACAGCCGUCGAAGCGCAGCGAUAGAAAAUGGCAGCAUCAUCCUCACUAAAAAAGCCCGCCCUCGCAAGCACCACCGACCCAAAGCGCUCGUCUGGCAUCCGUGCGUGACCGGCGUUAGCAGUGCACAACGUCUUGAGCACCCGUGACGCCCCUGAAUCGCAGCACCAAAGUGCUGCCACAGGCUGCAGAGCCAACCACAGCCGUCGAAGCGCAGCGAUAGAAAAUGGCAGCAUCAUCCUCACUAAAAAAGCCCGCCCUCGUCGCCUGCCAGACCCUACGACAAAAAUUGCGAAACGUCAGCCUCGCGGACGCGCUCCCGGCACAACUCGUCGCGAAGCGCUCGGUUACAGGCCUGUUCUGCUACAGCGAGGACGAUUCGAAUACGAAGAAGCGGACCGUCGGCGCGGACCGCUUUAGAGUUGAGUGGGAGACGUUGACGGGCGGCGAGCUCCUCGACAAAUGCGCAUCCCAGAGCAGCGACUACUACUACUACACUACAACCUUCAAGAAUGAUGGCGCGGACUGGUGGCGCGGAGCUGUGGGAGACGACGUCGUGGAUGCGCUGCCGCGCAAGACCUCACUCUGGGUCGGCGGGAACGGCUCGACGACCCAGGCACACUACGACGUCGCCGACAAUAUUCUGGGCCAAUGCGUGGGCACGAAGCGAAUCAGGUGCUGGGCGCCAUCAUCUCACUGGACCAUGAGGCCCUUCCCCGACGCGCACCCGCUCGCCCGGAAAGCGCAGAUCGACGUUGAGGAGAUGCCGGACCCGGACCUCGACGUCGUCCUCGAACCCGGCGACGCGCUGGCGAUCCCGGCCUUCUGGUUCCACCACUGCGAGGCGCGUCGUCCGCGUCGAUGGCGUCCCGAGACGGCUGCUCGUCGCCGCGACACGUCGUCGACGUGGCCGUCAGAGAGUCUACGGGUCUCGCGAGAGAGCCGCGGCAGUGCGAAAGAUCACAAAACACGCGACGCAGGCCCGCGACCUCUCCGCGUCCAUCAACACCUUCUUCCCGGCCGCGCACGCCUGUGUGGAAAUCAACCAGUGAGUUAGGUUUCAACGACGUCGCGUCGAUGGCCUGGAAACACCACGCCAUCGCGCAGACGCAGCUACGGGAGCACGUCGCGCCGAACGCGUGGGACGGCCGAAAUUUGAAUUCCACACAGGCCCAGGCCAAGCGGGCCGCCGUCGUCUUCCAGACGCCGGACCCGGGCGGGCCCCUCGUCGAGGCGCUCGCGGAGUUCGUGGACGACGCGCCGGCCUUCGCUCGGAAAGUGCACGCGACGCGCUACGCGCCCCUCGAGGAAUGGUACGCGGCGCUCCGGGACGACGCGGCACCGCCGCCUGAAACGCAGCGGCCGCGCGCGGCGCCGCAGAAGGACUUCUACCGGAACCAGGCCGCGCGCGCGCUGGAUAAGCUGCGCGCCGCGGGCGUCGCGGACGUCGUCCUCGCGCACCUCCUCGAGCUCUGGGGGUUAAGGAGGUGCGGCGACGCGGCGCGGCUGGGGCCGCUGUUGUUGGGUGACGAGUAA